AUGCCUAAGCCAGACAUUUUGGGCAUAGAAGCCUUCGAAACGGGUUCGAUACUACAUGAGUGGUGGGAAUGGGCGCUCGUCGCUAUUAUCAUUGCGAGUGGACUCGUAGGGGUUAUUGCUUUCCUCUGGUACUCUUACCGUUCCAUUCGGUCGCUGUUGAAGGGCAGCGACAGUGAGCAUGGCUUACCGCGAUCGGUGCAAGAACGAAUCCACCUCCUAUCGGACAGUUUGAGCGUCGUCCGUAAAACCCAUACCCUUCCCGCAAAGCCUUCGAAGUUUGGCGUAUAUUUGGGCCUUUUGAACACUCCGAUCACACAAGAGGAAGCACAGAUACUGUCGCAAUGGGAUAUUAUAGUGUUGGACUACUGCGAGCCUGGAAUCUUAGAGGCUGUUGGCGACGAUAGCGUUCCUAUGGGACCUCACAUCAUCGCGCGGCUUGAUCUGGCUCAGAUCAUCACAUUUGCGACGACGGAUAGUGAGCUGGACAUGUCACGAGCAGUAUACGUUCUUUCCUGGACUCUUCGGCGGACUUUGCGACAGCCAGACCAAGGAAGAUACUUCACUGGUGUUCUUGUCUGCGGAUGGCAAGAGCGCAUCUCUGUACCUUUACUCAACGGCUUAACGAAGCUUCUCAUUGCCUACGGUCUAGACGUCUACUUGGAAGUCGGGGCCCCAGAUUUUCUCAGUGGUACCGAGAAGCUUGAUGUUGGAUUGUUCGCUGGUUUCGUAGUCCGCAACGGUACCAUCAAGUCGAAUGGAGAGCGUCGAGACUUCUUUGACAUGGACAAAAUGAAGACUACGACAAAGUCGUUCGUUUCCCAGGCAUGUCAACGGCCUUUUGUAACGAUGAUGUGGGAUACAAUCGAAGACGAUGCCGAGCUCUCGCACGCCGUCGUUAGAAGGGCGCAUAUGUGGUGUAAUUACCAUGGCGCCAUCCCGUAUUUCCCACGUCGACGAGCUCUAACCACCAUUGACGCCAUCGCGUACUGUCAAGAGCCUUUGGCAGCUUUCCAGUGGCUCAAGCAGCGAAGUGUUAUGGACGUUCACGAGAAAUACCGAGCCGCACGAGUACUUUCCCCUGGCUUUUCGAGCAUUAUUGACGAUUAUAUCCCAUUGCAGAAGAUCUUUCCGCUCCUCGCGGAUACGCUGGCCGGGCUCGACGGAGCAGAGUCUGAUGCCGACGACGCUUCCAGCACAUCUACGGAUACCGUACAUUACCCCGAGAUUGACGAGAACGGAGUAAUGCUCUCACGAACACCUAAAUCACCAGUAUCAUCGGGAUUCGAAUGGGCCACGGUCAGGGAGAAGCACAACAGCAACCCACUGUCUUGCUCGUACAACGGGUCACCGUAUGAUUCCUUGGGGUGCUUUCCGAUUGGACUAGAUGCAUCAAAGGGAGACUUCUCUCGCGUCCUCAGCUCACAACGACGUUUACGGGAUCUGAAGCUGCUCAGUCGACUAUCUACCGCACAACUGCAUUCUGCCGCCGAAGUUCUCCGUGGCUAUUGUCAUAGCAGUAGUCACUUUCUGGAAUUUCUACCAACUUCCAGAGAUGCCAUCUCCAAACUUGUAGAAGCAUUGGCCCGCACAAACAACGAUGCAGACGACGCCUAUCAAUUGCAGGUAUACUCUGCGCUCGACUCUGGCUUCCACACACCAAGUGGUGCUCAGUUUUGGGCGGUUUGGGAACUCGAGCCGAGGACCCAAUCUAUGAUCAUAUAUAUGUCUAAGUCGGUCCAGGACAUCACCGCGGUUCUGCUCCAUACACAUCUAAGCACGCUAGGUUUCUCCAGAUACCAGUGCUUCCUCGCUGAGUAUGGCUUGACGGAAUUCACGGCUGGGUCAUUCUCACCAGAACGACUACCUGAGAGGUUACAACAAGACCUGGAUCUCCUCUCCUCUUCGGAUCUACUUCUCUACUUGCAGCACUUGCAGUAUUCGGAGUGGGACGAGGACUGCUCUUUGCUUUCAGCCGUUCGCGAACGAUGCGAAGAGUUGCUAAUUGACAUACCUACGUACCAUCAGUUCAAGAAGCUCAGCAACAUGGAUUACAUCAGCGGCGACAUCACGGACGAACAACUAGUUAACGCAAAACUCAAAUGGUACCGGCUAUCUCGGCUACCCACGCUCGAUAGACGCGAUGCGCUGGAGCUGUUCAGAGAAGUCACCGAGGUACUUGGUGGUAUACUGUGGUCGCGAGAUUAUGAAAAACUAGACAUCAUUACUUCUGCCAUAAUCAACCUUACACGUAGGGAAAACUUAGAUUCAGCGGCUGACUUCGUACUUUUCUGCAUCUUCUGUGCAGCGAGAAAAGCUGGAUUUGAGGAAGUAUAUAUCGAGGUAUCGGACCGGAACCCGCUCUUCAAUCAGUAUUCGGACCAAAGCGCAGCUUUUGCAGAGCUGUUUGCGCUUGGAUCAAGAUGCGAAGCAUACUUUGACAUCAAGCCCAGCGACAUCGGCAUACUCUUAUCACAAAAGCAUAGGGAUUACUACAAUCAGGAGGAACAUCAACCCCCAAUGUGGCUUUUCAAUGCGCCAUCGUUCGCUUCUGCUUACGCUGCAGCUCAAACCGAUAUCGACCCAGAGCAGAAGCCUUCCGUGAUGCCUGCAUACCGACGCUUCACUUUCCUCAGCGUUUUUGCAAUUCCGGCACUCGUUGACAUCAUCUUACUAUCAACAACCGGCCAUGGACUAUAUCUGAGCAUGCGCAUGGAGAAGGAGCAACGAUACUAUGCUACUCUCGCACUUAUGUGUUCGUUACUUCUCUCUGGCGCGAUCGGAACCUGGAUCUCCAUUGGAGGCACCUACUACCUCAUCUCAAUGGCGUUCUCAGCCGCCAAUAUGUUUGUGCUCACACGUUUAGUCGGUGGUCUCGCAUUUACUCUUGCCGGCUGUCUCCUCGGCUUCAUCGUCAUCUCGGCUGUCGCAGGCCCAGGGCUUGGAGCGGUGUUCGUCUUUUACCUUUUUGGACUUACAACGUACCUGACUGUGCUCGCUGUCCUCUCCACUUAUCAGGUUCCGGGAUCCAGCUUCCUAAACGGUCGGAAAGUCAUCAUCAUCGUGGUUCCAACAUUGGUCGUCUCUCCUUUGUUAACUAUAUUCAUUUGGGACCAUGACAUGUACAUUUAUCCUGCGGUCCUGUACAUAUUCGUCACUUUGCUCGUUCUCGGCACCCGACACGUAGCGACUAAAUGGGUGACCUGGUAUCACAACAUCAAGACACUCAACGAUGCUGAUAUCAAGGAUUGGUAUAUGAAGCGGUCAGUCAAGGAGCAGCGUGUCACAAACGCUGUACAAUCUGGUGGUAUGUGCACCAACGAUGCUUCAGUCACAGACGCUAAUCAGGCGCCGGCAGAUCGAUCAAGCAAAGAGCCCAAUAUUGCAUCAAAUGUCCGCAAUUCCGAUGCUCCUUCUUCGGAGACAUCUAUCGGCGACCAAGAAAUGUUCUAUGGCAUGAGUGAGCCAGCGAUCUUGGGGCUUUGUCGCACCGCCUUACACGACGCGGUGUUGAAGGAAAAGGGACGUCACGUUUGGCAAAAGCCUACGCAGGAUACCUUCGUUAGACAACUUGCAGGCUGUUGGGACUCAACACUCUUCUUACUGGACUGGUAUGCUCGCAUCACGGACACUAAAAGACCGAUUCCGUAUAGUUCGACCUGGAAUCUCGAAACGCAGGUGGCUCUUGAAAGCAUGCAGCAGUCGCAAAAAGGCAUUCGACUUCAUAACUCCUUCAUACAUUGGCGGACUGCUGGAGAUGAGAUCUACUGUGGAGUUCUCUACUUUCUUGUCGCACUCAUGGACCGAUGGCUCGAUCUUGUACGUGGCGUCCAACAACCUGGUGGCGGAUUCGCAGGAUUGUUAGGUUCCAUCGAUGACGAGACACUUGACAAGACACUCCGAUUAUCGGUGGGCUUUAGUCUUGCAUAUUACCUCAUCGGAGCAGUCCUACUCGAUUACAAAGCCCAACAUCUUCACACGUUGUCUGAGCAGAUGUCCCCAGUCUCGAUCAAGGAUGCACGCCAGAUCAAAAAGGCCAAAGCCAACGAUCUGAAAUUCAGGCGACAUCUGUAUCUCAACACUCUAUGUCAUUUCAUUGGUGUCCAUGUUUGGGCACUGGCGUUAUGUACUGCUCUAGUCUGGAUAUUCAACGGCUCACCAGUUGGUCUCGUCAUAUUCCUAGCUUAUGUCGGCGCCUACAGUGGUCUACUCCUCUACCAGUACAACAAGAUUUUCUCCGGUCCACAUGCACUAAUGCCACUCCUAGCAGCUGUCGUUCUCGGUUUCAUAACUGGCAACAUACUCAUCACAGUGUUGCCAGAGUUCAUGUACAACAAAAUCAUUGCUCUUGCUGUGUCGACCUGGACGGCAGCCUUUCUCUCAUUUCGCACUGCGAAGUUAGGCAUGCCUGAACUGCGUCAUGCGCGCACCUGGAUCUCUGGUCUACUGCCGAAACCUGGGCAGAGCAAGCAGCCCUUUAGCUCGACCCAGAUGUCCAGCUUGAGCUGCGUCGCAUCUCGAGGUGAGGAUCCUUUGACCAUUGAUGAAAGAUACCAUGCCUACAACGGCACUGAUGGUGACGCUGAGCUCAGCCAGAGCGAGCUCCACGCCUACUGCAGCAAGCUGCGAGCCGCACCUAAGGAAAACAGGUUUCGUGUGUGCCCUACUGGACAGCCUGGCGACCAAAUUUGCGCUAUACUACUAUCAUGUACCCACGAAAAUCUCUCCAGGCUUGCCUUACAAGCAUUUCCGACUAUGCCCUUUCUGAUACAGCGGAUCAUUCUGGCCUGGAAGAACGACUGCAUCAGAAUUUUCAUCGUCCCGAUGCAGGCUGUGGCUAAAGUCGAUAGCGAUCUUCGGGCAAUUUCGCAUUAUGCAGGCGGACGUUUAACGCUUUACAUAGCUUCGGAUGCAAAAGGUUCUGGCUCUAGGCAGAUGAACGUGAGCAGCAACUGUGCUAUUAUUGCCGAAACAUUGCUACAUGCUUGCUCAGAGACCAUGUUCGGCAUGCCGCAUUACCAAGCUGAGCUUACAGAAUCUAUGCUUGCUUGCCGAGAAAGCGAUUGUGGCUUCUAUGCCGUAUCAGAAUGCAACAAGCGGUCAAUGCCAGAGUUGAUCGUAGGACCAAAAGCUCUGAAUUUCGAAAUCGGAUUUCGGAAAGACCUCCUGCGGAAUCUAUGCCUUGGAUUCGAUUGCGAAACCCAAUGGGACGACUUUCCAUUGGAGAUUCGCCGUCUGUUCCUUCGACGAUGCGUUGGCAUCCGCGCACCCUACACAAAUACGGAAAUGGCAUGGAUUAACGCCAAUGUUCCAGUGGAAAGCUCGUGUACAAUUCUGUCGUGUAUCGCACGAUAUGAUCUUGGUGCAUACCUGGCGAUAGUUAAACACAGCUUCUUCAAGAACCGAGGCGAUCAGACUCUUACCGAGAAAGAGUAUCGUCAAAUGACGGCGGAUAUCCAGGAAGCUUAUCAUCCAGUUCUGAAUCGCUCGGCGGUCUCAAUCCUGAGCAUAUUUACCGAAUACGUCCGUCUGCCAAUUGCGUAUGUUUACCACUCUGCUGGAACCUGGGUUAAAUUCUUUUUCCUCGCGUGUAUGGCCGACCCCGAAUAUCAGCGUGAGCUGAACGGAGCCCUAUUACGUGCACCGCGCCCGAUAGCCAAGUCCGCCACCUUCGUCCUCACGGGCUUGUGGAUAUACAGUCGGGUCGCGAUGUCCGUCGCUCUACCUUUCUUCUUGUACCAUCGCCGCAAGGACAUUGCAGGCCUUGCCGGAACCGUAAAGGGUAGUCUGAUAACCCAGAAGAAGAAUCGCUUGGUCGUCCGAAGUUACGGAGAUACAGAGACAGCCUUCAUUCACCCUGUUCAAGAAGGUGGAGUCAAACUGAUGUUUUACCAGGGUGAUUUGGAGCUGGAGCCAACAUGGGGUCAUCUCCGGGUCACACAUUAUGACGAAGAGAUGCGCAUCACGUUGCGUGAGGAGUACAAGAAUGGUGUAGUGACCAAUGAAUUCGUCUACGAAUAUGCAUCGAAUCAUACACAACACAAGACGAAAAUCUCAAAAGUCAAGAGAAGCAAGAUACCGCUAGGAAGAACUUGCCGCAGCGGCCAGGACAAAGGUGCCAAGGUUAUAUACAAUCGCAAAGGUCACAUUGAGUCUGGAAGCUACAUUAGCCAUGACAACUUGGUCCGCUUCAAGUACCAUUACCGAAAGAACGCCAAAUAUGAUGACGAACUUCUUCGCGCCGAAUUCGUGCUUCCACACAUGUCGGCCAAUGUCAGCUGGUGCGCACCUCCAGUUCGUCAUGUUGAAAAGAUGGAACGCUGGAUACCCACUCCUCAUGUCCAUGAAGCGACAUUCGUUCAGGGAGCCGAUGUGUACGAAUGCUCAUGGCUAUAUGAUCAUAAAUUCCAUCCAACCAUUACCACGAAGCUUAAUGGUGGGCCGGUCGAUACCCCGGAUAUGAUCCGUUACGAUUGGCUUGGUGUACUCAAGAAGCCCACACGGUGUACCUUCGCAGACGAGAACCCUCUACUUGCAUUCAAAUCUCCAACUUCAGGCUUCUUUAGUCGGCUCCUUCGGACAAAUAUCAAACAACAAGAGAUCUCCACAUCCAGAGCCCGAUCUCAACUUUGGAAAGCUUGGAAAAAGCGGAACGAUCUAGAUGGUGUCGUGAUCCGAUGGGUCGACGAGGAGUUAAUUCGAAGAGAGGAUCUCCUGCGGCCAUACUGGAGACGAAGAGAUCGUGGUAGCCUUAUGAAGGCUGAAGACUAUCUGGCGUUGCAUGCAGACGCUAUCAUGGCCAGCUCAGAUCUGACAAGUGACAUCAGUGCAUGGACACCUCUUGCGAUACGAAUGAGCGACUUGUUCAGUUUUGGUCAGGGUGGGGACGCAGUCAUUUUCACAAGGACCAAAGCAUUACAGCGUGAUACCGACAGUAACCUACACGUCAUCGCUGUCGAUACUGGUACAUGGCCAAACGAAGGCGGCGGCGUUUCGGCAUGCCGUCGAGACCUCAUUAACAACUUACGCACGAUCAAAUGGCACAUGGUUGUCGAAUCGGCCAAUGACUUUGGCUUGCCUAAGCACCAGACUGAAGAAAACGUCGAAUCUCUAAAGGUCAUACCAUUAUGGGGUUUGGACUUUAUGCAUCCGAAUCACGGAAUGUUCACCAACAAGUUAGAUAGCGAGGUCGAUCAUUUGGUCAAAGCAGCUACGAUAUCCGACAUCGAAAUGAACUUCAUCCCUACCUUGACUGCUCUCGUCCGCGGCGCACGUGCUACGACGAUGACAUCAGCAGACGUCAAGCAAGCGACACGUGCUUUGGUCAACUUGAAUACGUACUUUCAAGACUCGCGUCACUGGAAAGAGGUCUGGACGAGCGACAUUGUCAAAGAUACUUGGAGGAAUCUAUGGCUUGCUGACGACAUGCCAAACGCACAACCACCUUCAGAAUGGUUUCACCUGUUCAUCUUUUCGAUUCCCAUCCCGGAGAAGAUCCCGCACGUAUUCCAAGCCUCGCACCACAGCGUCUCAGCGUCGUACGGAAUUGUUUGCAAGCUGAAGCGCAACUGCACGCUUCAGAUCUGGGAUCAUGCAAUCUCCUGGCGCGAGACCAACCUCUACCUCUCAUCUGCGAUGUGCACGUUGCCGCCGUUUAUUCGAAACUCACUGCUAGGUCUGAUGAAGCUGACAUCUUGCCUCAUCUUGCACCAUGCCGAUCAGAUCCUUCCUUGUGCAGAUUUCUUCAAUCCAGGCUGGGAAGUAGAGAUCGGCAGCGCCAAGGGUCAGCUUAUACAUCGCAACGUAUUCCGUCGAAAGGUCGACCCCAUCGUCAAUGGUAUCACCGAUAUGACGAAGUUCUCUCCGGUGACUGAGAUCAAGACGAAGACGCCAACUGUGACUAUGCUGUCUCAUGUUUGGUUUGCGAAAGACAUCAAGACCGCCCUACUUGCGGCGGACAUCAUCACAAAUGAGUGGGGUUUCAAGGACUACAAGCUCGACAUUUAUGGCGCUCUCAACAAAUCACCCGUUUACUCUUCUGAAUGCCAGGAGAUCCUGGCUUGCAAAGGUCUUGGACAAAACGUAGCGAUGCGCGGCACUGCGGACCCAGCGAUGGUCCUCGCGAACACUUGGCUAUUCCUCAACUCCUCCGUCUCGGAAGGAUUGCCGCUUGCACUGGGAGAAGCGGCGUUGACUGGAGCGCCAGUUGUCUGUACUGACGUUGGUGCGUCGCUACGCGUGCUUACUGAUCCCGAUGACGGAAAACGCUAUAGCGAAGUUGUGGCACCCAACGAUGCAUACGGUAUGGCACGCGCACAAAUCAAUUUACUGGCCAUGCUGGACGAGUGGGCACAAUAUGCUGAUGAUGGGUCUGGAGUAGCGGCGCCAAUCUUGCCUCAUAAACCUACACCCAGGGACGUGGAGAUCAUCACACGUCGUAUGUACGAGAAGUCUGAGCAUCGACGAAAAUUGGGGAUGAUGGCACGCAAUAUCGUUCAGAAAUCUUUUGGUGGAGAGCGCUACCUGCGGGAGCACGAGCAGAUGCUUUGGGUUGGCAAAGCCUGUUACGAGAUGCUUGACCUCGAGAAGCGAACACCGCCACCAAGGAACCCAGCACGCAUGCUGUCGCUUCGUCGUAGCUUGCCACGGCAGCAACACCGGGAUACUGCAUCAAGUCACAUGUUCGACCCGCAGAUGGAGAAGAUGAUGCACCCGCGUCCAUACGCACCAAGGCGAACAUCGGCAACGACGUCUUUCUCGUCAGUAUAUAUCGACGAACCAUCUAGUUCCUCGUCAGCUUACUCUAAUCCCAUCUGGGAGCACGAAGAGUGGGACUUACAAAACGAGUCGCCUGAAUCCUCGGUCAAGUACGAAAACUCAGAUACCGACGACUGGCCAAUACCCGCAAUAGCCCUUCCAACGAGAUCAUAUUCAGGUAUCAACGCAAGGGCGACGUCGCCUGCUGCUAAAGGAAAGCGGCCCGCCCGGUACUCGUACUACGGGCAUGAAAGCAAUCGGGUCUUCAAACCUACGUCGGCGAAUCCCACCCGAACUUCGAGGACAGCAGCGCUCGUGCGCCAAAGUAUGGUCUCACCGGAUAGCGCAAGGAGCAGUGUAAGGACGAGGAGUCAUUUGAAUGAAGUGGAACUUGCUGAGUAUGGAAACGUUGAUGGGCGACUAUGA